GGACAGGAAGGAGCGGGAGAUAGUUAGAGGACGGACUGGAUAUUCAACUGGAGAGAAGUGUAUGAGCACUCAUCACAUGCCGGAUUAACUAAAAUGACGUAGAUAUGCGGUUCGAAAUUUCCUGAGAGGCAAGAGGAUUCUUUCCAUUCAGGCAAUUGCAUCUAAUUGGUCCCUCUCUGAGCAAUCCUCGCCUGAAAUUUUCUUUGGUGCCACCUACUGUUGCAGGACCUUGGGAGACCUGUGACUAUUUUCAGUAUGUAAUAGAAUAGCAACUGGCAACAACCAGCCAUCCUUUCUAGUACGAAAAUGCUCUGUAUGGAUGAGGAAGCAUUAGGACAAGAAGAAUUCCUCUAUUGCUGUGGGGCGGCUACUCAGUUGCUAAAGUUUGGAUCUGUCAAUUGCUGGCUGAAAAGCAGGUCGAGUAGUUCUUCCAAGGUGUUAUUCCUUAUUAUUCCAGGGAACCCAGGGAUAGUGUGUUACUAUAAACCAUUCAUGCGGAUCUUAUACAAGAUUCUAGACCAGAGGUAUCCUGUUUGGGCCAUAAGCCAUGCAGGCCACUGUGUUCCCCCUGAAGACAUGGAGAUGACGGAAGACGUUGAACUGGAGGAUGUGUUUGGACUGAAUGGACAAAUAGAACAUAAAUUAUCGUUCCUCAGGAGAAAUGUGCCAAAGGAUGUCAAGCUUGUGCUGAUUGGCCAUUCUAUUGGUUGUUAUAUGAUACUAGAAAUGAUGAAACGUGAACCCAAAUUACAGGUUCUGAAAGCAGUAUUCCUUUUUCCAACAAUUGAACGCAUGGCCGAGUCACCACAAGGCAAACUUUUGACACCAAUACUUUGCAAACUUCGCUUCCUGAUGUAUGUUCCAAUCUACUUCCUUUCUUUUCUGCCAGAAAGCGUCAAAGCCUCAUUGGUGAGGUGGGCACUGCAGGGUCUACAGUCCCUGGAUGAAACUAGUGUCUCUGCCUCUCUGAACCUCUUCAAUGUGGAUUGCGCAGCUAAUGCCAUGUACAUGGGAAGCCAGGAAAUGAUGCAGGUUGUACAGAGGGAUGAUCUCACUAUAAGACGGUAUUUGGACAAGCUUAUCUUUUACUAUGGAUAUAAUGAUCACUGGUGUCCAAUCACAUAUUAUGAAGAUAUGAAGAAAAGCUUUCCUGAAGGAACCAUUCAUCUCUGCCAAAAAGGAAUUCGUCAUGCCUUUGUUUUGGAUGCAAAUUUAGAGAUGGCCGAAAUGCUUACAGACUGGUUAUGUCUGGAUCUAGCAAAGUUGUUAUAAAGCCUUUAGUAUGUUUAUAAUGUAAAAUUUAAGAGCUUUUUGAAUUUGAAUUAUAUGUUGCAUUAAGAUGCUCUUCUACAUCUGUUAUGUUUUUGAAAUUGAGCAGUGGUUAGCUUAUUUAAACAAAAACAAACUACAUUUUAGACAUAUCUUGCAGGUGGGACUUGAAAAAUAAUUCACUGUAAUGACUAGUUACAAAAGCUUUCAAAAUAUUUGUGCUUGCGCUAUAAUCUUUGUAUCCAUGCCCAGACCCAAAGUGAGUAAGCUUAUUUCAUAUCAGGGUCGUUCUUGUGGGCCAAUAUUUGUUAGCAUUCACAGUCCACUUUUAGUUCAUUAGGUUAGUUUUAGAUUUCAGUCUAAAGAGCAGUGUAGAUUUGAUGGAAAGUAUAGAUGUAACUCUGCCAAACCACAACAGGGGAAAUCAUCCUGCCAUACUUCACAAAUUCACAUUUAUCAGGUCUCACCUGACCAGGAACUUGUCAAGACCAAGUCAGCCAGUAAGAUACUUCCAAAAGUAGGAAGUUUUUUUUAAAUGUUACAGGCAUUGAUAUAUGUGUAAAAUAAAUUAGAAAAUAAAGUGCUACAACGAUGAUAUUGGAAAGGAUUUUUUUUUUCCGUCUGGAACAGCUACGCUAUGAAUAAUG